GAUCAAAAUGGCUGAUCACUAAAGUCACCUUGGAGAUAAACAAUGGCCCUGUCAAAAGCACAAUUACCAGGUACACCUCAUCACUUUUUUGAGUGUGACAUUGAAGAUUGUGAGAGAAACUGUGAAUUUUACUGCAAUAUUUGUCAUACAAGAUUAUGUAAACAAUGCAGGGAUGAACAUCAAAGAAGUCCAGAGACAAAGAGCCAUGAGGUAGUCCUAUACCAACUACGGAAACGACAACUACCCAAAGAAAAAUGCAAGAUCCACCCCACCAAGGAUAAAGAGCUUCUUUGUGAUGAAUGUAAAAUCCCAAUUUGUUCCAAAUGCACUGCCACACAAGAACAUAGAGGUCACACAUUCACUGAUCUUGAAUCAAUUUACACAGAGAAUUUUUCCCAUUGUCAAGGAGAAAUUGCAAAAAUUCAUGAGUAUUUCCUGCCAACAUCUAAAGAUUUGCAGAGAGAAAUUAAUGGAGACGCCAAAGAAAUCAAGAAGAUAAUGGACAGCAUAAGAAUCUCUAUGAAGGCUGAAGCCGAGUCCCUUAAAAGUCUGGUGGAUAAAGUGGCUUCCGAGAAUAUUGAUGAAGUAAACAAAAUAGAAAUUUCAUUACUGGAAAAAUUAAAUAACCAAGAUACAACCAUUGAAAAGUAUAUUACUUAUCUCAAUGACCUGGAUAAAAAGUUCCAUGUUUUUUUGUCCUCUUUGAAACCUUCAAAACUCUUAACUGCAGAGGACAUACAAAUCCAACCCUUACCAGAAACAACAAAUCCAGUGAUGCCUGUAUUUACUGCUGGAAAAUACAGCAAAGAGAAUAUUGCCAAAUUACUUGGGAAAGUAACCUUUCCAAACAAAAAUGGAGAGAUGAGAAAAGUACAGCCUCUGAAAGCAAAACCUCCCAAAUCAAAUCCGAAACCAUCAAGCUAUCAAGUAAUGAAAGACAGUAAAACAACAUCUAGUGUGAAACAAACACUGUCUCUAUCUUCCUCUGUCACUGAGCUCAGGAGGUUCAACGUACCAUAUCUUAACGGUGUGUGGCAUAUGUCUCUAGAUCAGUCAGGUAGACUUUGGUUCAGUGAUGGUGAUUGUUUCCUUGUCCAAACAGAUCUACAGGGGAAUGAGAUACAGAUAAUAAAAACUAGCGGUGAAUAUGAGGGUUACCACACAGUGACACAGGAUGGCGAUCUGAUCUUUACAAACAUGUACACGAAAGUCAUUAAUAGGAUCACACCAGACAACAAUAUCACUAAAUUCAUAAAAACAGAAGACUGGGUACCACUCAGCAUAUACUCCUCCCGCAUCAAUGGAGACUUACUGGUGGGGAUGGGGAAGGGUGGAGAGGCUAAAGUCACUCGGUACAACAAGAAAGGAAUAGAAAUACAGAACAUACAGAGGGUUAACAAAGGACAGGAACUGUAUAGAAAUCCAAUUUACAUUACAGAAAACAUCAAUGGAGAUAUCUGUACAUCAGACCUCAGUAAAGCGGCAGUAGUGGUGGUAAAUAAAUCAGGACAACACAGAUUCUCUUACAGGGCACAGGGGUCAGGGUUCUAUCCUUAUGGAAUCUGUACUGAUGUCCUCGGUCACAUACUGGUGUGUUAUCUGCUGAAUAUUCACCUACUUGAUCAGGAUGGCCAAUUCUUGUCUCUACUACUCACACCAAAACAAGUAUCUGCUCCCAUUAGUGUAUGUGUGGAUGAUAAGUACCAGCUUUAUGUGGGAGAUAAUUUGAACAAUACAGUUCAAGUAUUUAAAUAUCUUCAAUAAAUGAACACACAAUAGUGUGCUACUGUAUUUUUCUCUUCAAGUUUGUGACAAUUGUGUAUCUUUCAUUUAUUCCAUUUAUAAUUGAAAAUGUAAUUAUUCAAUGAUAUUUCACAAGUGAGAUAGGAUUUUUAAUAUUUGAAUGACUG